AUGAAAUAUUCACAAAUUAUUUAUGAUAAAAUAGAAUGCACGAUUCCUAUUGUUAAUUUAUUAAAAUCUAAACAAGCAACUCCUUCUCCUCCUUCUAGACCUAUUACAAUUGUUGGUGCUGAACAAAGAGGAUUUGUUUAUGCAAAUUAUACCAAAAUUGAACCACAAUGGGCUAAAGUAGUUGCUAUUGCCGAACCUAUAGAAUUUCGAAGGAAUAAGAUAGUCAAGGAAAAAUAUGGUAAUAUUUUUGAAUUGUAUUUAGGAUUCAAUCGUAAGAUCAUUGUUGGAGACAUCAAGUUACUUGAAGAAAUUUAUGUUAAAAGUACAGAAUCUUUAUUCUAUAAGCGUAUUAUUCCUGGAGUAGAUUUGUUAGAUAUGUCUAAUAAAGGAACUGUAUUUAAUAAUGAGAUAUCUAGUUAUAAGAGAAAUAAACAAUUGUUUGUAUAUAAUCUUGAAAAGGUUGCAAGACAAAAUGUUACAAGUAUGUGUAAUAUAGUUGAAAAUUUUUUCAAAGAUAAUAACAAAGAAAAUGAGUAUGAACUAGAUUUUAAGGAUUGGAUAAUGGGUAUAUGGUUUAAGAUUAUUAUUUUACAUUAUAUUUUUCCUAAAUUCGCAAUGGAUUAUUUAUCAUUUUUAAGUAAAUUAAAAGAUGGAUAUAUUCAGGAAGCAAAAAGUUUAAAGGAGAAUUUAAAUCAACAGAUAGAUUUUAAAAGAGUUAAAAUUUCAGAAGAAAUUAAACAUUCUACUGAUAUUUUAUCAUUAUUGAUUCGUAAAGAUAUAAAUAAAGAGAAUAUAUUAAAUAUAACUAAUGAAAUGAUAAAUGGCAGUGUUAUUACGACAACUAAUACUAUUAUAUUUUUAGUAUAUCAAAUAUAUAAAAAUCCAAAGGUUAAAGAUAUUAUUUAUAGUGAACUUGAAAAUGUAUUGGGAAGUAAAACAUAUUUUAUGUCAUAUGACAAAAUAAAAGGUCUAAAGUAUGUUGAUGCAUGUGUCAAAAAGUCUUUGUGUCUCAUAACAGUUCUUCUAUUUUCUUCAAGGUGUAUUGCUAGCAAUGGUAUAAUAUCUGGUCUGCAUUGGAAAGAGAAGCAAGAAUUUGUUAUUCAUCAUAAUUAUAUUCACCAGAGUACAAAAUAUUGGGUUAAUCCAAGUUUAUUUAAACCAGAAAAAUUUAUGGUUAAUAAUAUUAGAAAAAAUAGGUUUAUACCGUUCGGAGGUGGUAUUAGAGAAUGUCCUGGUAGAAAUUUAGCAAUAUUAGCUAUUAAGAUAGUUUUAAUUAAAUUUUUAGAUAAAUUCGUAUUUGAGUUGGUAGAACCCGAUAAUAUUUUAAAACCAGAAUUUAUGCUUGUUAAAACAUUUGGUAAUUUAUAUUGUUUCGCCUUUAAGGAACUUAGACAAAUGUUACUGAAACUCCAAGAAAGAUAUGGUGGUAUAUUUGAAUUGUAUGUUGGAGUUAAUCGAAAAAUUAUAGUUGGAGAUUCUAGAUUAUUAGAUGUAAUCUAUAACAAGAGUUCAGAUUCUAUAUUUCGAUAUUGUACUAUUCCUGGAAUGGUUUCGUUAGGUAUGGAUAGUACAGGAACGGUAUUCAAUAAUCUGUCUAGUUAUAAGAAAAAUAGACAAUUAUUUGUUCAUAUUCUUGCAAAGGGUUCAAAAAAAUGUAUGAUUAAUAUAAUGGAUGUUAUUAAAAAGGUAUUUGAUAAAAAUGAUCAGAGAGAAAUUUUUAAAUUAGAUUUAAAUAUAUGGAUGCUUGAUAUAUUUGCCAAAAUAUUCAUGAAUAUAAUUCUUGGGAAAACAAUAUCAGAGAAUAUUCUUCGAAGAAUAUUAUAUUUACCCAAGAGAAUGGCUCUUUGGUUUAAGGUUACUGGUUUGUAUUAUGUAUUACCUAAUGGUGUUGUAGAUAAUAUACCGUUUUCGAGAAAGAUGAGAGAAAGAUUUAUAGAACAAGAUAGAGAUUUUAGAGAUGAGAUAAAUUAUUUGAUAGAAUUAAAGAGAAAGGAAAUCUUAGGAAGUGAUGAAAAUAAUGAUGAGCAAAACAGUGACGCGUUGACUAUGUUGGUUAAAGAAGAUAUUAAUAGUAAAUUAUAUAGUGAUAUGGAUGACACAAAAUCAAAUAAUGAAAACAUGAUAAGGAUAAUAAACGAGAUGAUAAAUGGUGGUGUGAUUAUGACAGUGAAUUCUGUUAAAUUUUUGAUAUAUCAGAUAUGUAAACAUCCUAUGGUUAAGGAAAGAUGGAAAGAGGAACAAGAAUUUAUUAUACAUCAUAAUUAUAUUCUUCAAGAUGCAAAAUAUUGGAAGAAUCUGCAGUUGUUUAUACCAGAAAGAUUUAUUGAAGGUGAUGAUAUUAUUAAAAAUAGUUUUAUACCAUUUGGUAGUGGGUUUAGGAAAUGUUCUGGGAAAAAUCUAGCAACAUUUGUUAUCAAGUUAGUGUUAAUUUUAUUCUUAAAGAGAUAUGAUAUUGAAUUAGUUGAUCCUGAGGUUCCUUUAAAGACAAAAUUUAUACUUGUGAACGAAUGUAUUGAAAUGAAAGUUAGGAUUAAAUUAAGAAGUAAAUAA